AUGAAAAACGCGUGCCGCGCCAUGAGCAGCGUCGAGCUCCUCGCUGGGCAGGGCACCCCUGAACCUUCGCGGCAGCCGCGGCAGCGCAUUCUGCGCGAUCGCUUCAUUUGUGCGGCGGCGACAAAUCCAAUCCAUGUUUUGGGAUUCGACUCCCGCGCAAUCAAGUCAUCAACGAUGGUGCCAACGGCCAAAAAAGCGCCGGUAGCAAGCACGAUGGAGGUCGCGACCCCUGAGGACCUCCACACCUCCAAGGAGAAGCUCCGCGGCAUCGGCGAGGCGACCGCUCUCUUUUCAGAACCUGCUAGGGCAGAGGCCCUGUCCACCCUGGCGUCCCUCGAGGGGUCGCCAGGGCCCGCCGCGGCCCUGGCGAGGCCCGUGGGCGGCCUGCUCCUCAUCGACGCCUACGCCCUCGCGAUGGCCGGGCACGAGUCGCUCGCGCCGACGCGGGCGCUCCCGGCGCUGGCCACGCCGGAGACCAAGGCGAACUUCGUGAAGUACAAGCGCCGGAUGACCGCGUACAAGGCGGACGUGGAGCGCGCGCUUAAGCGGCGCUCGACGGCCGUUUCUCGCCGGAAGGACCCGGCGGAGGCCGACCGCGAACUCGACCAACUCGUGCGGCAGGCGCACCUCGACGUGACGGCGCAGCUGCGCGCGUUUGCCGAGGGUUUGCACCCGCGCCUCGGCGCCGACAGCGCCGUCCACCUCUUGGAGGGCUGCCGCGACGUCCUCGGCUUGAUCGCCGCCGAGGUGCGCGGCGCGCCUCCGCCGCGUGGGCGCGGCACGUCGCAGCUCCGGCAGGUGUCGCUGCUCCUCAACUAUGAGCGGCGGCGGCGGCAGCUGAGCGAGGCGCUCGCCGACGAGCGGCGUGUCGAGCUCGAGCUGGCGGCGCGCCGCCAGCAGGCCGCCGUCGACGCCGCGCUCGCCGACGAGCGGCGGCGCUCCGCUGCGGCGUACGCGAAGCUCGACGCAGCGCUGCAGGCGGAGCGGCAGGAGACUGGGCGGCUCUGCACGGAGGUGCGGCGGCUCAAGGCGGCGGCGCGCGAGGCCGAGACUGCGGCGGAGCUGCGGUGCCGCAGCCAGGAGAAGGAGGCCGCGGCGCACUUUGGCUCCAUCGCCUCAGAGGCCGAGCGGCGCGCCAAGGUCGCCGAGGCGCAGCGGGACGACGCGUGUGAGGAGGCGGCGCAGCUGCACGGCCUCUUCGCGCAGCUAGAGGACCAGCUCGACGCGCUGCGCUCGAUGCGCGUCUCGGGGCUGCUCGAGCAGCUGCAGGCGAGCACGCGGCGCAUCACCGAGCUCAGUGCGCGGCGCAAGGUGACGCAGCGCAAGCUCUCCGACGUGAACCUCGUCGAGCGCAACCUGGCGGUGUCGCAGCGGCUGCUCUCGGAGGAGCGGGCGGCCCGCGCGAGCUUGUGGCGCGGAGACGCGACGGCAGAGAAGCUGGAGGCGGUGGAGGCGCAGUGCGCCAAGCUGCAGGCCGAGCUUGAGGCGGCGCAGGCCGAGGCCGCUAAGUUCAAGGCCAUCGCCGAGCCCACCAAGGCGCGCUUCAAGCUGGGCAACCACUUCAACGCCGAGACGGAGCUCGCGUGCAUCUCGGUGAUGCACCUCGGCAUCGCGCGGCAGAAGAUCCCGAAGCUGUUCCCGAUCUUCGCGCGGCUCUUGGGGGUCAAGCUGCCGUACCGCGAGAUCAAGGUCCCCGGCCCGAUCGUGGACGGCAAGCGCACCUCCGUCGUCAAGCGGCUGCCAGAGACGCCGCAGGCGACGCACUGCAAGGAGCUGGCGGGCGUCUCCUACGAGCUCAACAAGCUCCAGAUCGGCCAGUGGCUGCUGGAGUUCAUGAACUCGGAUGAGUCCUCGUGCUGCUACAUCGCCGACGGCGCCGAGGCGCAGCAGAUGGAGCGCAUCGGCACCGUCCUCUCGCGGCGCGUCAACGGCAAACUCGAGCUGCGCGCCCUCGAUUUGUCGACGGCCUCGAGCAAGACCGCCGAGGCGCAGGCGUCGGCGUACCACGAGUCGAUCGAGGAGGUCAUCAAGCUCAUGGAGGAGGCCGGCCUCGCGGAUGCGCGCGCGGCGGAGCUGCUGCGCCGCUUCCUCCCCACGUGCGCGUGCAACGACCGGGCGUCUACGGCGCGGCUCGCUGCGCGGCUGGUCCUCGGGCUGGGCGAGGGCGACGACGACCCGACCUGUGCGGAGCACGCGCUCGUCAACAUCCUCGAGGAGGGGCGCAAGGCGAUGGACGCCAUCCUGCGCGAGCUGAUGAACUUCACCGACGAGCAGGCCGCGGCGCACGCCGACAAGAUCAAGGCGAUGCGGACCUGCGUCGGCUGGUUCAGCUCGCCUGUGAGCAAGUACGUCGCGCUCUGCUCGACCAAGGGCUACGCCAUCGGCCGCAAGUUGCAGGAGUGGAUGGAGGCGCGGCUGGCAGACCUCGAGGAGCAGCUCGAGCAUCUCGUGGGGCACGUGGAGGACGUGCUCGCGAUCUGCGGCUCGCGCGCGUACGUCUUCUACCUCGACGCGGCGCCGACGGAGCGGCUGCUCACUGAGCACGACAUCUCCAUGCUGACCUACCUCGACGAGGAUGAGAUGCUCAAGGCUGCCGGCGGCGGCAAGCUGCGCAAGUCUAUCCUCACCGGCGCGCGCUCGCCGCCCUGCAUGGCGGGGGUGCGCGCCAUGGCGCUGAUCUGCGACGCGGUGUUUUGGCCGCUGAUCCGCGCGGUCAAGCCAGCCGCGGACAAGCACGUCCUCGACGUGCUCCCGCGCGUGUGGCCGGCGGCGCACGCGUUUUUUGAGGCGGCCGCCGCGUCGCCCGCGGGCAUCGUCGACGGCUCGCUCAAGCUGCAGCUCGGCGACGUUUCGGCGGCCGCCACCGCCGCUACCGCGCCAACUCCAACGCAGGCGCGCCGCGCCGAGCGCCAUCGCCUCGAUAUGGUGCGCAUUCGCGCCGCAGCGGCCGACGACCCGAUGGUGACGCGCUUGCUGACGGCGGCAUUCGGCGCGAUGUCCCGGGCGGUCUGCAACCACGCUGCGGAGUGGAUGCCGGCGGGCCUCGUCGCCACGAACGGCUCGAUCACCAAGACCGGCAAGCUGUGCUCGGCGAACAUCACCCCGGCGCUGCGCGCAAAGUACGACGCGCUGCAGGCGACGAGCACGCCGGUUGAGCGGCUGCACGCCGUCGGCCGCGUCAGCGACGACCGGCACAAGCGGCAGCGCAAUGAGUCGCGCGCCGGCGACUCGCUCGGGCGUUAUAACAACCAAGCCGGCUGGCUGACGGGCGAGAUCGAUGAGCGCGGCGGGCUCAAGGUCGCCGAGACCAUGCUUGCGGCGUGCCGAAAGGCGGCGGGGCGGGCGAGACGCGUUACGCUCAAGGCGCAGCUGGUCGCGGCGGGCCGCGCAAAGCGCGCCGAGCGCGACGAGAAGCUGGGCAGCAAGAAGGCGCGCAAGGCGGCCAAGGCGGCCGAGAACGCGCGCAUCGCGCAGCUGCCGCUCGACCAGCUCAAGGCCUUCAAGCUGGCGGGGAAGACGGGCUUCACCGUCACGCAGGCAAACCGCGCGGACUAUUGCACGCAGCUGCAGAACCUCCUCUUCGCCGCGCAUGGCGUCGAGGCGAACGACCUCGAGGACGGCGACUCGGGGUGCGACGGCGACGGCGUGCUCAACGGCUGGCAGUGGGAGGCGAGUGAGAAGUUUGACAUCGAGCGCAUUCUCGACAGCAAGGUGGAGACGGUCGGCAAGGGCAAGAAGCGGGUCGAGAUGACGUACUACUUGAUCCUCUGGAAGGGGUACCCGCCCGACGUCUCGACGUGGGAGCCAGAGUCACAGAUCCAUGACGACUUGAUCGACGCGUACGAGGCGGAGCUCGAUGCGGCGUGGUGCGAGAGCCAUUUGCGUGCGUGA